CACUAAUAAUUGUUUAGCCAAACACACUUUUGUUGUUGAUGCUGUGUCUGGCAUUUGUAAGCGAGAGCGAUAGAGAUAGCUAUAAUUUUGUAGUGCAGUGUUGCAAGUCUAUUUUGUGUCUGGUGCUGUCAUUGUAUGAAAAUUCAAAUAAAAGCAACAACUUGCAUUAGGUAAAUUUUCAUAAAUAAUUUGUCAAAAGUUGUGAUAACGGGAUUAUAUAAGCGAGCGGCACGCUUUAAUCAAGUUCAAGUGCAAGUGCGCUUUGACAUAAUAUAAAAAACCCAAAAGUUAAGAAUUAUAAAAGCAAACAAAAUGUUGCGCAAUACGCCUUUUGCCGGCACGCCCACCUACAAACUCUUGCUGGGCUUUGGGCUCUGCUCUUUGGGCAGCGCCAUGCUCUAUGCCUACUUCAAGUCACGCAAUGAGGAUAAGGACACGGAUGAGCAGCAGAAGCCGCGCAACAAAAGCAACGCCGCAAUAAAUGCCAAGCCACAGCAGCAGACGCAGCAGAAAGCAAAGGAAAUUUGUCAAAAAAUUGUUGUGGACAAUGACCAUGUGCCGUUAAUAAUUGGACGUGCGGGUGCGAACUUGAAGCAAAUUGAAGAGAAAACGGGCGCAAAGAUAAGAUUACGUGACAAGGACAAUGCACACAAAUUUUGUGAUAUUACCGGUCAGCCCGAGGCGGUUAAAGCAGCGCGUGCGCUGCUCAUUAGAGAGAUCGAGCGUGCGCCCAUAGUCAAAGUGGAACUGCAAAUACCACAGCGUUUGGCCAACAAGCUAAAUGCACGCAAUGGUGAACUGCUGCAGGAUAUCAGUCGCAGUUCGCUGGCCAAGCUAAACAUUGAUCCAAAUGGACGCCAAGGCAAGGCCAAGGUGAGCCUGGUGGGCAACCAGAAGCAAGUUAAUAUAGCGCGCAAGCUGCUUGAGGAUCAGAUCGAGGAGGAUGAGCAGUCGCGUCGCACUAUGGAAGAGCUGGAGCAGCAACGUGAGCCACGCCGCUCACCCACCAGCUUCAGCAUGGGCAGCUCCAGCUUGUACUCCUCGCAAACAUCGCUUAGCUCGCAGCCGCCGCGUGAUAAGCUGAUGGCCGCUCGUGGCGAUGACAAGCCCAUGGAGGUAUAUGUGUCAGCAGUCGCAUCACCCACUAAGUUUUGGGUGCAGCUGGUAGGACCGCAAUCCAAAAAACUGGACGACAUGGUCAAGGAAAUGACCAGCUACUACGGCCAGCUGGAGAAUCGCGCAAAGCAUAAGCUAACAACGCCCUAUGUGGGCCAAAUUGUGGCUGCCAUGUUCAAAUUUGAUGAGAAAUGGUAUCGCGCUGAAAUUGUAGACAUUAUGCCCAAUCAAUACAAUCCACAGGAGCAGGUCAUUGAUCUAUACUUUGUGGACUAUGGCGAUAGCGAGUAUAUCUCGCCAGCAGACAUCUGUGAGCUGCGCACAGAUUUUCUUACGCUCAGAUUCCAAGCUGUGGAAUGUUUCUUGGCUAACGUCAAGUCUACCAUAACAGAGGAGCCCAACACCUGGCAAAAGUCCUCCAUAGCCAGAUUCGAGGAGCUGACAGAGGUUGCCCACUGGCGCAAGCUCAUAGCACGCGUAGUUACCUACAAGGAGCGUCCCAAGCCCACAGGCGCCGUCAGCAGCGCUGUUAAGGAGGGCACACCGCUGCCUGGCGUGGAGCUCUAUGAUCCCACAGAGGGCGCAGAACUGAACAUUGGCGAUUUAAUGAUAACACAAGGAUUUGCUUUGCCUUUGGAUGACACUUAUCCUGUACGCUCACGCUCCAGCACACCCUCCAAUCAAAGCGACUCCACCAUUGAAGAGCUUUGCGCCUCCACUACGCCGCUCACACCACGUUCACCCAUGUCGCUGUCCAUGACCACAGAUGUGGAUACUAGCGCAGAGGAUGCGCACUUUGCCACACAGCUGCAACACUUGCAGCACAACAAGCUCAAUGGCAAUGAGCUGAGCAGCAAUAUUAAUCCACUCAAGCUAUCGUCAGUUGAUGUGCAGAAUGGCAACGUAGAGACACGUUAGCUUACAACUGCUACUUACUAUAUUUACUAUUAGUAUAGAUACGCCCUUCUAUUGUUAAUAACUUUUGACACAAACUGUGAACAAGCAGCUCACUUGACUACAUAUAUCAUAAGCAAUUAAUUUUAAGUAUGAAUUGACGAAUUGUCUAAUUUAUCUCUCGGCAUAUCAACAACAAGAAGCAAUUGUUUAGCUUAUGAACAAAGAACACAUUUAUUGUUAUUACAAAUUGCCAUGUUACUUAAGCAGAGCGUCUAAGCAUUGUUUAAACAUUUGCUGCACUGCUUUUUUUUUUUUGUUUAAUAACAUUUUGUAAAAAUACUGAGAA